GCUUCAGCUCCUAUUACAGUCAACAGCAGUCUUUCAUGUUCGGGAAGAGUGGAGGUUCGCCACAAUGGAAUCUGGGGAACAGUGUGUGAUGAUGGCUGGGAUCUGACAGAUGCUGCAGUGGUGUGUAGAGAGAUGGGAUGUGGGAAUGUGACCGAAGCAAAGAGUGCAGCUUAUUUUGGACAAGGAUCGGGACCAGUAUGGAUGAAAAAUGUGAGAUGUAAUGGAACAGAGUCUACACUGAAGAACUGUGUUUUAAGUGGAAGAUUUCAACAAAACUGCAGCCAUGAAAAAGAUGCUGGUGUUAUCUGUGAACCCAAAGUACGACUGCAGAAUGGUUUUAACUCUUGUUCUGGACGAGUGGAGGUUCUUCACAAUGGAGCAUGGGGAACAGUGUGUGAUGAUUUCUGGGAUCUGACAGACGCUGCAGUGGUGUGUAGAGAGAUUGGAUGUGGGGAGGCUAUAGAGGCAAGAAAAGGUGCUUUUUUUGGCAAUGGCUCAGGACCAAUAUGGAUGAAUAAUGUAAAUUGUUAUGGGAAUGAGCAAACUCUAAAGAGAUGUAGAUCUUCUGGAUGGGACGUACAGAACUGCAGUCAUUAUAAAGAUGCUGGAGUCAUCUGCCAAUACAGCUAUACCUUUAUCAAUGAUUCAAAAAGCUGGAUUGAUGCAUUGGGAUAUUGCAGAACUCACUACCAGACACUGGCGCACAUUUUAAAUGCCACGGCACAGAAGUACAUCACACAGAUGCUGCAGGAUAAAGCAAUCACUGAUGGAGUGUGGAUCGGGCUUGAGCGGAGUAUGCUCUUCAGCUGUUCGCCCUGGCUGUGGACCAGUGGGCCGUAUGUGGACUAUGCACCGUGGCAUCAAGAGUUUCCAAAGGACCCAGCGAGCAUGUUUUGUGGAAAACUUCUCAAGGAAGAACAGAACGGGUUUGGAUGGAUGGAUGCUUGCUGCCAUGAGCGCCUGCCUUUCAUCUGUCAGGUCAGUUUUUCGUCCUGGUUUAAUGAAAUCAGCUUUCUGAUUGCAUGCAGUCUUAUGUUUUUUGAAUUCUUCAGUGUGAAAGAGUCUGCAAGCGUCUAA